GUUUUUUUUUAUCUAGAAUGAUUAAAUGAAAUGCCAAAUAAAUUUUAGGUCUUGUCAGAUUAAUCCCUCAACAAAUCUUAUCGUUGUCGAUACGAUGAUAAGGUAAUUUUAUAUAAAGGCACUAUGUUUCAUAGUAGUUCUACAAGUUCAAUCACCUUUUACCAAAAUGCCGCCGAACGUAACCGAUCCGCCUAUUUACCAUGACCCUCAGAUUGUAUUUAAUGAGACAGAGAAAAACCAUCAACCUCCGACACCUUCAUCGGCAGCUAAAGAUGUCUACAAUCUGAAUAUUUUUCAAUCCUCAUUGAAUCAGCUUGCUCAUAUCCUAAUAGGGAUGACAGUAGGAGUAAUAUUGCUCUUCGCGCUUCGUAACGGUCUUCCAGUUGGUGCUACGCCGCAACACAUCAUUUUGUGCGUCCUUGGGUACCAUCUACUAAUGGCCCAAGCUAUCCUCAGCCUGAGCCCCCACAACGGAUGGUCGUCGCGACUGAAGCUGGUACACAAGCGCCGUGCCCACUGGAUCCUGCAGGUGCUCGGCUCUGGCCUGGCCCUGGCUGGCUGUUUCAUCAAGAUCCUUGACAAGAGUGUUCAUUGGGAAACUUUACAUGGACGGUUUGCACUGGUUUCCAUGGUAUUCACAUCAGUGUCAAUGGUUAACGGGCUCGUGUCUCUCUAUGCCAACGAGCUCAGAGGGCUCCGUCUGCUGCCCAGCCUCUCCAAGCUUACCCACAUCUGUUUCGGCAUCGUGGGCUUCUCCGCCGCUUCCAUCACCCUCUGCUACGGCUUGGACAAGGCCUUUUUUAGAAGCUGGGCCUCUGACAACUUUACCACGGCAAUAAUCGUCUUUGUUGCUACCUUCACCACUAUUAUCAUUAUCAACCCAUUCAUCACCUUCUUUAACAAAAGUCGUAUAUUAUUUAGAAAUAACUAAUAAGUAAGAAUUUGAGUCUCAACUAUGUUCGUCCCUUUAUUUAUACAAUUAUUUAUUUAAUCAUUUAAAAAAUACAAUCAGUAUAUCACUAGAGAGUAACCAGGUAUGUAAGUUGGUGGUCUACGAGUACCUACUCAAAUGUAUAAUUAGCAAACCAAAUAAAAUAUCGAAAUAU